GUUCCAGUUUCCACGAUGGACGUGGAGGCAGUGGUGGGGCGCACCGCCUCCCUUCCCUGCGACAUCGAGCCUGAUUCUCACGAGGAUCGCGUCUACAUGGUGCUGUGGUUUCGGCAUGCCGGUGGAAAACCCCUUUAUAGUUUCGACGUCCGCGGUCGCAGUUUCAACAAGGCGCUCCACUGGUCAGAUCCCCUCGCCUUCGGCAGGCGAGCGUACUUCGUCACGAUGUCCAGACCCUCAUCUCUCACCGUGGAUGGAGUACAGCUGGAUGACGAGGGCGUUUACAGAUGUAGAGUGGACUUCAAGAACUCACCCACCAGGAACUUCCAGAUACGGCUCAAUGUUGUGGUACCUCCCCACCAACUCUUACUAUACGACGAGGCUGGCAGGGACGUGGCAGGGGUUGUUGGACCCCUGGAAGAAGGGGGGAACUUCACGUUGCUCUGCGAACUACGAGGAGGUCGACCGCAGCCGACUCUAUCCUGGCUGAUAAACAACAAGCCCUUAGAUGAGCACACGGUCCUCAAGAACGAUGGGAAAGUCAUCAUCAGUAGGAUCAACGUCAACGGAGCGGAGCGGAGCUGGCUGAACACUACCGUCAAAUGUCAGGCGACCAACACUCCUCUACUGAGUCCACAUGAGAGAACAGCUAGAGUGGAAAUGAAUUUGCGUCCGACUUCGGUGUCAAUAGUGGACAAACCUGGACAACUGUCAGCAGACUCCGAGGUUAUUUUGGUCUGCGUUACGCAUGGAAGCCGUCCCGCUGCGCUGGUCACUUGGUACAGAGAGAAUAGGAAAUACACUAGGGGGAAGCACAGUGAGUUUAUCAACGAGACAUCUACCGUCAGUCGCCUGACGAUGUUGCCCCAACCUGAGGAUGAUGGCUCCAUGAUCAGAUGCCGAGCUGAUAACCCUAUCCUCAGAGUAGCCUUGGAGGACUCCUUCAAGAUGAGCGUUGUUUACAGACCCGUGUUGACGAUGUCGCUAGGCAGCACGUUAAACCCCAAUGACAUCAAGGAGGGAGACGACGUGUACUUCGAGUGUAACAUCCGCGCCAAUCCCCGGGAGCACCGCAUCUCAUGGUACCAUAACGACCAUCUGGUGACACAGAACAUGUCGUCGGGGGUCUUCAUCAGCACCAAGUCACUGGUUCUUCAGAAAGUGACGAAGCGAGACGGUGGUCUGUAUGCUUGUAGGGCUGCUAACCAAAUUGGAGAAUCGAGUAGCCAAGCAGUUUAUUUACGAGUGCAGUUCGCUCCACUGUGUGCUCAACUCACCCCACUGGUCAUCGGCGCUCGAUUGGACGAGCCAUUGCGCGUGCGCUGCACGGUCAGCGCUGACCCCGCCGACGUCGCCUUCUACUGGCAGUUCAACAACAGCGGCGAGAGCUUUCAAGUAUCCCCGGCGAGAUAUGUGUCAACGGGCGGGACGUCCAGCGAGCUACGGUACCGGGCAGCCAGUGAGCGAGACUACGGUGCGCUCCUCUGCCGAGCUACCAACGCCGUUGGUCGCCAGAAGAAGCCCUGCGUGUUCCAGAUAGUCCCUGCUGCUCGACCAUCCCCACCUAGAAACUGCACCGCCAAAAAGGCGAUCAAACACAACGAAGCGUACCUCACGGUGCGAUGCGUAGCUGGUUACGAUGGGGGGCUGAGCCAGCACUUCACGCUCGAGGCUGUGGGGGAUACGGGGAGGAUCCUCGAAAACAGCACUGCUAGUAAAACUGAUCUGAUAGUAUGGCUAAACGUGAGCUGGUCAGAGCUGGAGUCAAUGCCAGACGACGAAGUUCUUACUGUAACUGCUCGGAACAGUAAAGGUGUCUCAGAUCCUGUGCUCAUACGAGAUUUAGUCUACAGGGAUGCUGCGAAGCAUACAGAAGAGACAACGAGAACUAUCUCCAAGUUUCCAGCUGCCGCAGCAAUUGCAGGUCUCGCAGCUGUGUUCACGGCUGCUGCUGCGAUCGGUGUCCUUGCAUUACGAAAGCGUAAUGAGGCAUCUUCGAGCAGCAAACGACCCUCUCAGAGCGUGGUUCAGGUGGAUGCAAACGGCAGGCGGUACCUUAUCGCAUACCCCGCCCCUGCUGAUAAGCUGGAGACCAAGCCUGACAUCCUGAAUCCUAAAGCUGAAAGCGAACCUCCACGUGUGGUGCUGGAGUCAAGUGACAGCAAAACCUACAUAAUCAAGGAGGCCAGCCAGCCGUGCAAGUCCUCCUACCAGACACCGUCCCCCGAAGAUGAAAUGAUGCCUCAGAGAUAACAUACGGAGCCC